CCACUUACGCUAAGCUGCACUUUAAAAGCGCCAAUAAACUCAAUUAUUAUUACCUGGGACUGGGUAGUAAUACUGUAUACUGUGCACCCAUCACUCAGUAAAAAAUGGCAGCCACCGCUUUCACCAGGACCCUACUCAGCCACCGCCUGAUUCGCUCCUCCCACCUCCUCUCUUCCAAAACCCAGCUCAUCCCAUCUCUUUUCACCAAGAGACUAUUUCAUAUUGGAGCUAGCUCUGUGUAUUUGUCACAUAAGGCAUCUGGCUCGGUUCCUCGUGUUAUGGCUUCCUCGGUGGCUGGGCAAAAAGCUAAGUUUUCUACAGAAUCAUUGCCUGCCAAUGAACCUGUUGUGUCUGUUGAUUGGCUCCAUGCAAAUCUUAAGGAGCCUGAUUUGAAGGUGUUGGAUGCCUCCUGGUACUUGCCAGAUGAACAGAGGAAUCCAAUUCAAGAGUAUCAGGUUGCUCACAUUCCUGGUGCUCUUUAUUUUGAUAUAGAUGGGAUAGCAAAUCGAACUACCAAUUUGCCACACAUGUUACCAUCGGAAGAAGCCUUUGCAGCUGCUGUUUCCGCCCUUGGAAUUGAGAAUAACGAUGGCUUGGUUGUUUAUGAUGGGAAAGGCAUUUUUAGUGCUGCUCGUGUCUGGUGGAUGUUUCGAGCCUUUGGCCACGACAAAAUCUGGGUAUUGGAUGGAGGCUUGCCAAGAUGGCGUGCAUCAGGAUAUGAUGUUGAAUCUAGUGCCUCUGGUGAUGCCAUCUUGAAAGCCAGCGCCGCCAGUGAGGCAAUAGAGAAAGUAUAUCAGGGCCAGACUGUUGGACCAGUCACAUUUCAGACAAAGUUUCAGCCACAUCUUGUUUGGUCUCUUGAUCAGGUUAGGAAAAACAUAGAGGACAAAUCUCACCAACUCAUAGAUGCCCGUUCAAAACCGAGGUUUGAUGGAGCUGUACCUGAACCUCGGAAGGGAGUGAGAAGCGGCCAUGUACCUGGCAGCACGUGCAUUCCUUUUCCCCAGAUGUUAGAUGCUUCCCAAACACUCUUACCAGCUGAUGAGCUUAAAAAACGAUUUGAUCAAGCAGGCAUCUCUCUGGAAAGCCCUGUUGGUGCUACAUGUGGAACUGGCGUAACUGCUUGCAUUCUUGCUUUGGGUAUGUAUCGACUCGGAAAGCACGAUCUCCCAGUCUACGAUGGAUCUUGGACUGAAUGGGGAGCUCAUCCUGAUACGCCUGUUGAAACUUCGUAAAUCCAGAGUCCUGGCAGCAAUAGGCAACACAUAUGGUUGUGCUGUUUAAUUCUCAGAUUUUGACGAAAACUGUAUCUAAAACAAUCGAAUAACAAGAGUGCCAUUGUUUUCACUUUCGAGUUGCACUUAAUGUCUAAUGUGAGAAAUUUUACGA